AUGGAGCAUUUCUCACUGGAGGUGGUGGCUGCGCUGCGGUUGAUAUCUGCCAAGAACGAGAAGAGCCGCAGCGAGCUGAGCAGAUUCUUGACCAAGCAGGUGUGGACACCUCAAGAUCGUCAGGGUAUCCUGAAUACCUUAGCACAGUUACUCCUGGACAAGGACUGUACUGUGCUUAUUGGUCGCCAGCUACGCUCUCUCCUUUUGGAUUUGCUGGAAAGGAACGCUGAAUCCAUAAAAGCUGGAGGCCAAGUCAACCACGAUCUACACGAACGACUUUGUGUGUCUUUAAGCAAGCUCAUUGGUAACCAUCCUGAUGCUCUCCCAUUUGCCCUGAGGUAUUUCAAGGACACUUACCCAGUUUUUCAGAGACUCUUCCUAGAAAGUUCAGAUGCUAACCCUGUCCGCUAUGGGCGCAGGCGGAUGAAGCUUCGAGACCUAAUGGAAGCAGCCUACAGGUUUCUGCAACAAGAGCAGUCUGUGUUCCGGGAACUCUGGGACUGGAGUGUGUGCGUCCCUCUCCUCAGAAGCCAUGACACCUUGGUUCGAUGGUACACAGCCAAUUGUCUAGCUUUGGUCACUUGUAUGAAUGAGGAGCACAAAUUAUCAUUCCUUAAGAAGAUUUUUAGUAAUGAAGAAUUGAUCCAUUUCAGGUUGAGGUUACUAGAAGAGGCUCAGCUGCAGGACUUGGAGAAGGCCUUAGUUUUGGCAAAUCCAGAAUCCUGCCUUUGGCAUAAAGAGAAGGAGCUGCAGUACCUACCUGGACACCUUGUUUCAGCGGACUUUUCCUCCAGGGUGAUCACUGUCUGUGGUGUAGUGCUGCCUGGGCAGGUGGUGGCUCUGGGAGAGCAGGCUAGUAAUAGGAGUUCUUUGCGUGAACAGGAGCUGGCACUCAAGUCUUACGUGCUGGUUCAAUCAGUCUGCAAAAAUCUUCAGACCUUGGCUAUGGCAGUGGCUUCUCAGAAUGCAGUGUUGUUGGAAGGACCAAUCGGAUGUGGCAAAACUUCAUUAGUUGAAUAUUUAGCUGCAGUGACAGGUAGAAGGAAGCCCCCUCACCUUCUCAAAGUCCAGCUUGGAGAUCAGACUGACAGUAAGAUGCUGUUGGGAAUGUAUCGCUGCACAGAUGUCCCAGGCGAGUUUGUGUGGCAGCCUGGCACUCUGACACAGGCGGCCACCUAUGGCCACUGGAUCCUGCUGGAGGACAUUGACUAUGCACCCUUAGAUGUGGUUUCUGUAUUGAUCCCUCUCUUGGAGAAUGGAGAGCUCUUAAUUCCUGGCCGAGGUGACUGUCUGAAAGUAGCACCUGGAUUUCAGUUCUUUGCAACUAGAAGACUCUUGAGCUAUGGAGGAAGUUGGUACCGACCAUUAAACAGUCAUGCUACUUUGCUAGACAAAUAUUGGACCAAAAUUCACUUGAAUAACAUGGAUAAGACAGAAUUGAAUGAGGUUCUUCAGAGCAGAUAUCCCAGCCUUUUGACAGCAACUGAUCAUCUACUUGAUAUUUAUAUCCAACUUACUGGUGAAAAACAUCACUCUCAGAGUGAUAGUUCUGUUGAAUGUGAACAGACAUUUGAGGAAGUCUCAGAAACCAGGAGAGAAAACACACCAAGUCUAGAGGGAAGAGAAUUGUCCCUAAGAGAUCUCCUGAAUUGGUGUAAUAGAAUUGAUCAUAGCUUUGACAGUUCUUCAUCAGCAUCAUUAAAUAUUUUUCAAGAGGCCCUGGACUGUUUUACAGCAAUGCUUUCUAAACAUACAAGCAAAGUGAAAAUGGCAGAAGUCAUUGGAAGCAAAUUGAACAUUUCUAAGAAAAAGGCUGAGUAUUACUGUCAACUUUAUAAACCAGAAAUUGUGAUCAAUGAGCUAGAUGUACAAGUGGGCCGAGUGCAUCUUCUACGAAAACAGAAUGAGGCUGUCCACAUACAGAGAGAGAAAUUAACUUUCGCAGCUACAAGGCCAUCCUCAGUUCUUAUUGAACAGCUUGCUGUGUGUGUCAGCAAAGGGGAACCUGUGUUGUUAGUGGGAGAGACAGGAACUGGCAAAACUUCUACUGUCCAGUACUUGGCUCAUAUUACGGGCCACCGUUUAAGAGUUGUCAAUAUGAAUCAACAGAGUGACACUGCAGACUUGCUUGGAGGUUACAAACCAGUAGACCAUAAACUUAUCUGGCUGCCUUUACGGGAAGGAUUUGAGGAACUUUUUGCCCAGACAUUUUCCAAGAAGCAGAACUUUACAUUUCUGGGACACAUACAGACUUGUUACAGGCAAAAGCGGUGGCAUGAUCUCCUGAGACUAAUGCAACAUGUUCACAAGUCUGCUGUCAACAAGAAUGGAAAAAAGAAUGAAACUGAAUUACUCCUGAAGGAGAAGUGGGAAGUAUUUGGUCUUAGACUCAACCAUGCCCAACAACAGAUGAAAAUGACUGAAAAUGCCCUUUUGUUUGCCUUUGUAGAGGGCACAUUAGUUCAGGCUGUAAAGAAAGGAGAGUGGAUCUUGUUGGAUGAGAUUAAUCUGGCUGCUCCAGAAACAUUGGAAUGCCUGAGUGGUUUACUUGAAGGAUCUUCCAGCUCGUUGGUAUUGCUGGAUCGAGGAGACACAGAGCCAUUGGUUCGUCAUCCUGACUUCCGCCUGUUUGCCUGCAUGAAUCCAGCAACAGAUGUGGGCAAAAGAAAUCUUCCACCGGGAAUAAGAAACAGGUUCACCGAACUGUACGUAGAAGAAUUGGAAAGUAAAGAAGACUUACAAAUUCUUAUCGCUGACUAUCUGAAAGGAUUGAGUGUAAGCAAGAGCACAGUGCAAGGAAUCAUAAACUUCUACACAAUUGUUCGGAAGGAAUCUGGGACCAAAUUGGUGGAUGGGACUGGCCACAGACCUCAUUAUAGCCUUCGGACUCUCUGCAGGGCCCUGCGAUUUGCAGCCUCUAAUCCGUGUAGCAGCAUCCAGCGUUCACUUUAUGAGGGCUUUUGUUUGGGUUUCUUAACACAGCUUAACAGGGCAUCACACCCAGUAGUUCAGAAGCUCAUUUGUCAACACAUCAUCUCUGGCAAUGUUAAAAGUCUACUGAAGCAGCCAAUUCCAGAACCAAAAGGAGGCCGACUUAUCCAAGUUGAAGGUUACUGGAUAUCAGUGGGAGACAAAGAACCUAGAAUUGAUGAGACAUAUAUUCUUACAUCUUCCGUCAAGCUGAACCUAAGAGAUAUAGUCCGAGUGGUCUCUGCCGGAACCUACCCAGUACUGAUUCAGGGAGAGACAUCAGUUGGUAAGACAAGCCUGAUUCGGUGGCUGGCUGCAGCUACUGGGAACCAUUGUGUGCGAAUUAAUAAUCAUGAACACACAGAUAUUCAGGAAUAUAUUGGUUGCUACACAUCUGAUGCCUCAGGGAAGCUUAUAUUUAAAGAAGGUGUUCUUAUUGAUGCAAUGAGAAAAGGCUACUGGAUUAUUUUAGAUGAAUUAAAUUUGGCCCCUACCGACGUGUUAGAGGCACUAAACCGACUCUUGGAUGAUAACCGCGAAUUACUCAUAACGGAAACACAAGAAGUUGUUAAAGCACAUCCUCGCUUCAUGCUUUUUGCCACUCAGAAUCCUCCUGGGCUUUAUGGCGGUAGAAAGGUGCUUUCUCGAGCCUUCAGGAACCGGUUUGUGGAACUGCAUUUUGAUGAAUUGCCUAGUUCUGAGUUAGAAACAAUCUUGCAUAAGCGGUGUAGUUUACCACCCUCCUAUUGCAGCAAGUUGGUUAAAGUAAUGCUGGACCUUCAGUCUUAUCGCAGAGGUUCUUCUGUGUUUGCUGGAAAACAUGGCUUCAUCACCCUUCGUGAUCUGUUCCGAUGGGCUGAAAGGUACAGAUUGGCUGAGCAGACUGAAAAGGAAUAUGACUGGCUACAGCAUUUAGCCAAUGAUGGUUUUAUGCUUCUGGCAGGCCGAGUCAGGAAACAGGAGGAGGUUGAUGUGAUUCAACAAGUCCUUGAAAAACAUUUUAAGAAAAAACUGUGUCCUCAUUCUCUUUUCUCCAAAGAAAAUGUCCAAAAAUUGCUAGGAAAUUUAUCUACUUCUACACUGGAGUCCAAGUUCAACCAUAUUGUGUGGACUGAGAGUAUGCGGAGAAUGGCCAUGCUCGUGGGAAGAGCAUUAGAAUUUGGUGAACCAGUACUACUUGUUGGAGACACAGGGUGUGGAAAAACUACUAUCUGUCAGCUGUUUGCAGCAUUGACAAAUCAGAAAUUAUACUCCGUCAACUGUCACUUACAUAUGGAGACAUCGGACUUCUUAGGGGGGCUGCGGCCAGUGAGACAGAAACCAAAGGAAAAGGAAGAAAAUGACACACGACUCUUUGAGUGGCAUGAUGGGCCUCUAGUUCUGGCCAUCAAGGAGGAUGGCUUUUUCCUCUUGGAUGAGAUCUCACUGGCUGAUGACUCUGUCUUGGAAAGACUAAAUAGUGUCCUUGAAGUGGAAAAGUCUCUGGUGUUAGCUGAAAAAGGCAGUCUAGAGGAUACAGAUAAUGAGGUAGAGCUGUUGACUGCUGGAAAAAAAUUCCGUAUCUUAGCAACCAUGAACCCUGGGGGUGACUUUGGCAAAAAAGAGCUGUCUCCUGCAUUAAGAAAUCGGUUUACUGAAAUAUGGUGUCCUCAAAGUACAAGCCGUGAAGAUUUGAUUCAGAUUAUUAAUCAAAAUCUUCGUCCAGGGUUGUCUCUUGGCCAGAUAGAUCAUAAAGGGAUUGACAUAGCUGAGGUGAUGCUGGAUUUCAUUGACUGGCUAACCCACCAAGAGUUUGGCCGAAGGUGUGUGGUCAGUAUCAGAGAUAUCCUAUCCUGGGUUCACUUCAUGAAUAUAAUGGGUGAAGAAGCUGCCUUGAAAAGGCCUGAGGCCAUCUCUACUGUGACGUCUUUUGUCCAUGCUGCGUGCCUGGUGUAUAUAGAUGGAAUAGGUUCAGGGAUAACAUCAUCUGGAUUUGGUACAGCCCUUCUGGCUCGCAAAGAAUGUCUGAAAUUUCUAAGCCAGAAGCUUUCCAAGAUAGUCCGACUUACAGAGUGUCAGAAAAAUGACUUGAAGAUUUACGACAGGCUCCAGGCCAAAGAAUUCACUGGAAUAGAUAACCUUUGGGGAAUCCAUCCUUUUUUUAUACCAAGGGGACCUGUCCUUCACAGGAAUAAUACUGCUGACUAUGCACUCAGUGCUUGCACUACAGCUAUGAAUGCACAGAGACUUUUACGAGCUACAAAACUGAAUAAACCUAUUCUCCUGGAAGGCUCCCCUGGAGUGGGGAAGACCAGUUUGGUGGGAGCAUUAGCAAAAGCAUCAGGCAACACUCUUGUUCGAAUCAACUUGUCAGAGCAGACGGACAUCACAGACCUAUUUGGAGCAGAUCUUCCUGUUGAAGGUGGCAAGGGAGGCGAGUUUUCCUGGCGUGAUGGCCCUCUAUUGGCGGCUCUGAAGGCAGGCCAUUGGAUUGUGUUAGAUGAGCUUAACCUGGCUUCACAGUCUGUUUUGGAAGGGCUUAAUGCUUGUUUCGACCAUCGAGGGGAAAUCUUUGUUCCAGAAUUAGGAAUGAGUUUUCAAGUACAGCAUGAGAAGACAAAGAUUUUUGGGUGUCAGAAUCCAUUCAGACAAGGAGGCGGAAGGAAGGGCUUGCCCAGGUCUUUUCUUAACAGAUUCACUCAGGUCUUUGUGGAUCCACUUACAGUCAUUGACAUGGAAUUUAUCGCCAGUACCUUAUUUCCAGCCAUUGAUAAAAAUAUUGUUAAGAAAAUGGUUGCUUUCAAUAACCAAAUUGAUCAUGAAGUGACUGUUGAGAAGAAAUGGGGACAAAAAGGAGGACCUUGGGAAUUCAACCUCAGGGACCUUUUCCGAUGGUGCCAGUUGAUGCUGGUUGACCAGUCCCCUGGGUGUUAUGAUCCUGCUCAACAUGUGUUUUUGGUCUAUGGGGAAAGAAUGAGAACCAAGGGAGACAAAGAAAAGGUCAUUGCUGUAUUCAAGGAUAUAUUUGGCUCAGAUUCCAGGCCAUAUAUGGGAACCAGACUGUUUCACAUCACUCCCUAUGAUGUGCAGCUGGGCUACUCAGUUCUUAGCCGUGGCAACUAUGCUCCUCACCCAUGCCACCGACCCCUGUCACUCCUGCACCAGUCAUUACAGUCCCUGGAGUCGAUCAUGAAGUGUGUUCAGAUGAGUUGGAUGGUCAUCCUUGUGGGUCCAGCUUCUGUGGGCAAGACCAGUCUAGUGCAGCUUCUGGCACACCUUACUGGUCACACCUUAAAGAUAAUGCCUAUGAACAGUGCAAUGGACACUACUGAGCUUUUGGGUGGAUUUGAGCAGGUUGAUCUUAUACGUCCUUGGAGGCAACUUCUCGAGAAGGUGGAAGGCACCAUAAGGACAUUGUUAAGGGAUAGCCUCCUUAUUAGUGCUGAUGAUGCAGAAGUCGUGCUACGAGCCUGGAGUCACUUCCUUCUGACAUAUAAGCCCAAAUGUCUUGGAGAAGGUGGUAAAGGUAUCACGAUGGAGAUUGUAAAUAAGCUGGAAGCAGUAUUAUUACUGAUGCAGCGACUUAACAAUAAAAUCAACUCAUACUCCAAGGCAGAUUUUGCUAAACUUGUGGAAGAGUUCCGAAACUUUGGAUUAAAGCUUAUGCAGUCAGCCAGUGGCCAUAGCCAUGGAACAUUUGAAUGGAUCGACAGCAUGUUGGUUCGAGCCCUCAAGUCCGGAGACUGGCUUCUGAUGGACAAUGUUAACUUCUGCAACCCAUCAGUGCUGGAUCGCUUGAAUGCUUUACUUGAACCUGGAGGUGUCCUCACAAUGAGUGAGAGGGGAAUGGUGGAUGGAACCACUCCAACUAUAACACCAAAUCCCAAUUUCAGGCUUUUUCUGUCAAUGGAUCCUGUUCAUGGAGAAAUAUCCCGAGCGAUGAGAAAUCGUGGGCUCGAGAUCUACAUUUCAGGAGAAUGGGAUGGAAAUAGUCCAGACGACCUAGAUCUGAAAGUUCUGCUGCACAGCCUUGGGUUGGUGGGGGAUAGUGUGUGUGACACCCUCUUGGCUCUACACAUGGAGACCCGAAGAACUGUUGUAGGUUCUCAAACAUCAUCUGUGUCCACUCUGAUUCAGACAGCCAUACUUAUUGUUCAGUAUCUACAACGAGGCUUGAGUUUGGAUAGAGCCUUUUCCGAGGCAUGUUGGGAAGUAUAUGUCUGUUCGCAGCAUUCACCAGCAAAUCGGAAGCUUGUACAGGACUUGCUGGAGAAACAUGUUUCUUCCCUGAAAGCACAUGAAACUUGGGGUAACUCCAUUCUUGCCAUGGGGCUUUGGCCAGAUUCUCUGCCCUCAGCUCUCUUUGCUACUGAAGACUCCCACCUCUCUGUAGUCCGAAGUGAUGGACAGAUACUAGCAUAUUGCCUAAAUAGGAUGAGCCUGAAAACCAGCAGCUGGUUAAGGACUCAACCCCUUACCUUGCAAGACUUAAAUAAAAUAAUGCAGUCCUCCAGUCCUGAGAACCUGAAAUUCAAUGCAGUUGAAAUGGAUACACAUUGGAUUGAUGAACCAGAUGUUCUGGCUGUGGCUGUUAAAUUGCUCAUAGAAAGAGCAACCAAUCAGGACUGGAUGAUCAGAGUUAAAUGGCUAUAUCAUUUAGCCAAGAAUGUACCACAGGGGCUUGAGUCAAUACAGAUUCAUUUGGAAGCUAGUGCUGCAUCUCUUAGGAAUUUUUACUCAAAUUCUCUCUCAGCUGGGAUCGGUAAUAUCAUCAAAAUAUUGCAACCAAAUCUAACAGAUGAAUUUGUGGUUCCUCUGGAUCCCCGGUGGAAUAUGCAGAUGUUGGACAUCCUUAGAAAUUCCAUGGACUUUGACCCACAGAUGGACCAGUCUGAGCAGCUCUUUGCCAUUUUAGAAUCUAUUGCAAACAGGACAAUGAUAUAUCUUGACCGGGAAAAACGGAUUUUUACAGAAGCAAAUUUGAAUUCUGUUGGUAGCAAAAAGUUAAGGAAUAGUGUUUUGAGAAUGUCCUUUGAAUUCCAUAAAGAUCCAGAAAGUUAUCAAAGCCUGCCCCAUGAAAUUGUGGUCAAUCUUGCUGCUUUUUUUGAGCUUUGUGAUGCACUAAUUCUACGCUGGGUACAGUCAUCCCAGGGGACGGUGUCUGAUGCCCUUUUCAAUGAGAUUCUGGGUUCUGUGCGAUGGCGGGACCGGCUUUGGACUGUGGCUGACACAGUAAAAGUGGAUGUUCCAGGCUUGGCCCUGCUUGCCCUUCAUUGGCACUGGGUUUCGAAACAUUUGAUACAUCAGAUUCCUCAACUCCUCAGGAAUCAUGAAGACAAAUACUAUAAGGAGGUUCAGACUGUUUCAGAACAUAUUCAGAAUUGCUUGGAGAGUCCCACUGGUGGUUUUACUGGUAUAAAAAAGCUGCAGAAAUUUCUGGGACGACCAUAUCCUUUUAAGAACGAGCUGGUGGUUGAGUGUUUUUCACAACUGAACGUGCUUAGCAGAGCUCUUGCCAUUAAAGAGCGGAUGCCUUCCCUUGGAGAGAGUGGAUGGCCGGAAGACAUUAGUCGCCUGCAAGUGCUUGCUUCUGAGUGGACAUUAAAGAAAAGUCUUCUUCAAUCCUGGGGAUUGGUUCUCAGAGCUAAUAUCAUGCAAACUGUCAACCCAGAUGAAUUAAAGAAUAUUGUGAAUGCUCAGUGUUUAGAAUUAAAAGCCAAAGGAAUUUCACUCAGUUUCCCAGAGAAAAAGCACAGUGAAGCUACCUCCUAUUCUCAGCCAACCAUAAUCCACCUCGUCAGGAGUGUCCAAGUGUGGCCCGCAAUGGAGUACCUGGCUCUGCUUUGGCAGUACAAACUGACAGCUGAUUUCAUGACACAGGCUUAUCUGAGAAGGUCUGGCAAAACUCAACAACCCUCCAUAGAUGAGGAGAUAAAGCAACAUAUCACAUUUUGUCUUAAGUAUACACCAGUUGCUCCUCAUGAACUGCGAGACCUUUGGUCCACGCUGCACCAUCAGCAGGUGUCCACUGAAGAGAUUAUUUCUUUAUGGUCUGGGCUGUUUGCUUCCACAUUUAUGUCUUUCUGGAGCAGUACUGUGACAACAAAUCCCGAAUACUGGCUAACUUGGAGCCCUCUGCCUUAUGCACAACAGAGGGAAAUGCCCAAGCCCCUUCUGGACUCUACACUGAAGGGCCCGGGCAGUCUUGGCAGAGCCAUGUUCUCUAAAUGCUGCUUUGAAAUCUUGACCAGCAGCUGCAGAGCAAGUCCCUGGGAUGUAAAUGGUCUACCUAUCCUGUCCUCCUCACAUGUGACCUUGGGAGAGUGGGCUGAGAGAACCCAGCAACUACAGGAUGUCAAUUUGAUGCUUUGGACCAACAUGGCUAUCCCUUCAGUAGCAGAGUUCAGACGCACGGAUUCCCACCUCCAGGGUGUGGUGCUGUGCCGGCAUCUGGCAGGCCUGGCUGAGCUGCUUCCAGAGCCCCAGCGGAGGGAGUACAUGCAGAACUGUGACCAACUGCUGCUUAGGGAUAGCCAGGCCUUUCAACAUGUGGGCCAGACUCUUGGUGACAUGGCCAGUCAGGAGACACUGCCCAAAGAGUUGCUCUGCCUCUUGCUCACCUCUCUUCGCCAAUUUUUUGGAGAAGGAGAGAGUAAGAGGAACCUGCCUGAGCCAGCCCACCGAGGGAGCCUCUGGGUAGGCCUUGGCUUGCUCCAGAUUCAGACCUGGCUUCCCCAGGCACGCUUCGACCCUGCUGUAAAGAGAGAAUACAAGCUCAAGUACGCCAAAGAAGAGUUACAUCAGCUGCAGUGUGAGUGGAAGACCCGAAACCUCUCAUCCCAGCUACAAACGGGACAAGACCUGGAAGAUGAAGCCGUUAUCACUUACUCUCAUCCUCAUGUCAAGUCACUCCACCAGAGAAUUGAUCAGCUGGAAAAUCUGAUCUGUAGCCUGUCUAAGAAGCAGGCCUGCAGACCUCAGGUGCCUACAUAUGAGUCCCUGGUGCAGGAGAUCCACCACUACGUUACCAGCAUUGCAAAGACCUCAGCUGUUCAGGAUCUGCUCUCGAGGCUCCUGCAGGUGAUCUACAUGGAUGGACCUCGAUCUGCCCAGGUAGCACAAAACCUUCUGAAGGAGGAGGCCUCUUGGCAGCAGUCACACCACCAGUUUCGGAAGCGGCUGGUAGAGGAGUAUGCCCUUUACCCAGAUGCUGUGGCCCCGCUGCAGGCAUCCAUCCUGCAGAUGCAGCAUGGUAUGAGGCUGGUGGCAGCACAGGUCCACGCCUCACUCCAUAGCAGCAUAGUCUCUGCGGACAGCCUGGGGGCCCUGGCCACAUCACUGCUGGCUUUCCCAUCAGUGGGCCCCACCUUCCCCACCUACUAUGCUCAUGCAGAUGCUUUGUGCUCUGUGAAGUCAGAGGAGGUGCUGCGAGGCCUUGGGAAGCUGACCCUCAAGCGAUCCAGUGGAAAGGAGCUAGAAAGUAAGAGCCAGAGGCCCUGUCCAACUCGGGAACAGCUGAUGAUGAAUGCACUUCUCUACUUGCGUUCCCAUGUGCUGUGCAAGGGAGAGCUGGACCAGAGGGCCCUGCAACUCUUCAGGCAUUUGUGCCAGGAAAUCAUUAAUGAGUGGGAUGAACAGGAACGCAUAGCACAAGAGAAGGCCGAGCAGGAACGCAGCCUCUACAGAUACAGGAGCAGAAACUCCAGGACAGCUCUGAGUGAGGAAGAGGAGGAGGAGCGGGAGUUCAGAAGACAGUUUCCACUGCAUGAGAAGGAUUUUGCAGAUAUUUUGGCAGAGCCAACACUAGAAGAGAAAAAGGAAGCUGCAGAUAAUCAAGAAGAAGAAUCAGCUAUAGACACCACUCUCAUCUCCCAGAGUUCGAUGCAAGCUAUAAUGCUGAUACACCAGCAGCUCUGCCUUCACUUUGCACGUGCCCUCUGGUACCAGAAGACUGUGCCGCCGCAUGAAGCAAAGCAUUACCUCAGUCUGUUUCUGUCCUGCUACCAGACUGGGGCGUCACUUGUAACACACUUCUACCCUCUCAUGGGGGUUGAGCUGAAUGAUCAACUCUUGGGCAGCCAGCUUUUGGCCUGCACCCUCUCCCAUAACACUCUCUUUGGGGAAGCCGUCUCAGACUUGAUGUUGAAGCCGGAUGGGCCUUAUGACUUUUACCAGCACCCCAAUGUCCCAGAAGCCCGACAGUGUCAGCCUGUGCUUCAGGGAUUCUCAGAAACUGUCAGUCACCUGCUGCAGGAUUGGCCUGAACACCCAGCCCUUGAACAGCUACUGGUUGUUAUGGACAGAAUUCGUAGUUUUCCACUUUCCAGUCCCAUCUCAAAGUUCUUAAAUGGUUUAGAGAUCCUUCUAGCAAAGGCACAGGAUUGGGAGCAAAAUGCAAGUCGAACUCUUUCUCUUCGGAAACAUCUUGAUUUGGUCACUCAGAUGAUCAUUAGGUGGCGUAAACUGGAGCUGAAUUGCUGGUCCAUGAGUCUCGAUAAUACCAUGAAACGCCACACUGAGAAAUCUACGAAACACUGGUUCUCUAUCUACCAGAUGCUUGAGAAGCAUAUGCAGGAACAGACAGAAGAGCAGGAAGAUGACAAACAGAUGACCCUGAGCUUGCUGGUCAGCACCUUACAAGCCUUUAUUGAAGGAUCUUCACUGGGAGAAUUCCAUGUUCGACUACAGAUGUUACUGGUUUUCCAUUGCCAUGUCUUGCUGAUGCCACAAGUUGAAGGGAAAGAUUCACUUUGCAGUGUGCUGUGGAAUUUGUACCAUUACUACAAGCAAUUCUUUGACCGGGUCCAGGCCAAAAUAGUAGAACUUCGUUCCCCCCUAGAAAAAGAACUUAAAGAAUUUGUAAAGAUUUCCAAGUGGAAUGAUGUCAGCUUCUGGGCCAUUAAACAAUCUGUAGAAAAGACACACAGGACCCUCUUUAAAUUCAUGAAAAAAUUUGAAGCUAUACUAAGUGAACCUUGCCGGUCAUCCCUGAUGGAAAGUGACAAAGAACAACAGUCUGACUUUUUACCUGGACCGACAGAUGCAGCCUCAAGUGACCUGUCUUCCAUUCAGAGUCUAAACAGGGCACUGAGAGAGACCUUGUUAGUACGGCCAGCCAGUGGACAGGCCAUGAUUCCUGAACAAUGUCAGGGUAUUGUAUCUUUUCCAUUGCAAGGGAAACUUCUCAAUCGCUUGCUGAAGCUCACGAAACGAAUGAGGAAAAUAUGCCUGACAUUCAUGAAGGAGAGCCCUCUGCCACACCUAGUGGAGGGCCUUGAUCAGUUCACAGGUGAAGUAAUUUCUUCUGUGCAUGAGCUGCAGAACUUAAAGGUGGAACCCUCUGCUGAGAAGGAGAAACAAUGUUCGGAAGCGAAACACAUUCUCAUGCUGAAGCAGCGAGCAUUAGCUGACCUCUUUAAACACCUUGCAGGCAUAGGUUUGUCGUAUCGCAAAGGUCUUGCCUGGGCUCGUUCAAAAAACUCUCAAGAAAUGCUUCAUCUUCACCCUCUGGAUCUCCAUAGUGCAUUGUUUAUAGUCAGCAACACUCGGGAGGCUGAUUCUAGGCUGCUUACGGAAAUCACGUCUUCAUGGGAUGGGUGCCAAAAGUACUUUUAUCGAUCUCUUGCACGACACACCAGGCUUAUCGCAGCUCUAGCAAACCCCGCCAAGGAGAUGGGCUUGGGCAAUGUUGAGCGGUGUAAAGGGUUCUCAGCCCAUUUGAUGAAGAUGCUUAUUCGGCAGCGACGCUCCUUGACCACACUGACUGAGCAGUGGAUCAUCCUCAGGAACCUUCUCAGCUGUGUGCAGGAGAUUCAUGGCAGGCUGACAGGGCCCCUGGCCUACCCUGUGGCCUUACCUCCUCAGGACGGUGUGCAGCAGUGGACAGAGAGGCUACAGCACCUUGCUAUGCAGAGCCAGAUCCUGCUGGAGCAGCUCUCCUGCUUCCUCCAGUGCUGCCCCAGUGUGAUGUCCACUCCAGGCAAUGACAAUACCCAGGCACAGGAUCAGCCUUCUGCUUCCCAUCAGAACCUGCUUAUCAAAGGGCAGCUCUCUGGAACAGUAAUAGUGCCAGACCUCAUCCCAUCAGAUCUUAACUACCCAUCACCAAUGCCUGGAAAUCGGCUGCCUCCUGGUUGUCGGAUGAGGAAACAAGACCAGCUUUGGCAACAGUCAACUGCAAAGUUAACAGAGAUGCUAAAAACCAUUAGAACUGUUAAAGCCGACAUUGAUAAAAUUAGGCAGCAGUCUUGUGAGACUCUCUUUCAUUCUUGGAGAGAUUUUGAAGUUUGCUCUUCUGGGUUAAGUUGCCUGUCUCAGGUGUCAGCUCAUUUGCAGGGUUUAGAAGCCUUGUUCCUUCUUCCAGGGAGGGAGGCUGAACAAACGCACCCACAAAUGGCAUUAGUUGAGAGCCUGGGGUACAUAAGGGCAGAAAUCAAUAAAGCCACAGCUGACUUUACUACCUGGAAGACAGAUCUGUUGACUCCAAGAAGCCACAGAGGAAACCAAAUACAAGAUGAAGAAUUUAUUGAAGAUUUUUCUGAGCAAGUUGAAACCGCCAUCCGUGCCAUCCUCUGUGCCAUCCAGAAUUUAGCAGAAAGAAACAGUAAAAAAGCAGAGGAGAACACUGAGCACACAAGAUCACAAGAAGACAAUGAGGCAUCGACCUUUGAGAGGCUACAGUCAGGACAUCUCUCAAAACUCUUGGAAGAUGACCUCUGGGCUGAUGUGGGCACAUUGCAUGUGCAGAAGAUAAUUUCCACUGUCUCCGAGCUGUUGGAGAGGCUGAAGUCGUAUGGAGAGGAUGGCACAGCAGAAAAGCACACGGUUUUCAACCAGUCUUGCUGCUUGUUGGUGCGCCUAGUGCCCAUGCUCUCCAGGUACUCGGACCUUAUCCUCUUCUUCCUGGCCAUGUCUUUGGCAACUCAUCGUAGCACUGCAAAGCUGCUCUCUGUGCUUGCCCAGGUCUUUUCAGAGCUUGCUCAGAAGGGAUUUUGUCUGCCCAAAGAAUUUAUGGAAGAUUCAGCUGGUGAAGGAGCAACUGAAUUCCAUGAUUAUGAGGGAGGUGGAAUUGGAGAAGGUGAGGGCAUGAAGGAUGUGAGUGACCAGAUUGAGAAUGAAGAACAGGCAGAAGACACAUUUCAGAAGGGUCAAGAAAAAGAUAAAGAGGAUCCAGACUCAAAAUCUGAUAUUAAGGGCGAGGAUAAUGCCAUAGAGAUGUCGGAAGACUUUGAUGGAAAAAUGCAUGAUGGAGAACUUGAAGAGCAAGAAGAGGAUGAUGAGAAAUCAGAUAGUGAGAGCAGAGACCUUGACAAACAAAUGGGGAAUCUUAAUGGUGAAGAAGCUGACAAACUAGAUGAGAGGCUUUGGGGUGAUGAUGAAGAUGAAGAAGAAGAGGAGGAGGAGGAAGGGGACAGUAAAACAGAAGAAACAGGACCAGGAAUGGAUGAGGAAGAUCCUGAGCUUGUUGCCAAAGAUGAUAACUUGGAUGCAGGAAAAUCCAACAAAGAUAAAAACCAGAAAAAUAAGGAAGAAAAAGAAGAAGCAGAAGGUGAUGAUGGUGGACAAGGCCAAGACAAAAUUAAUGAGCAAAUAGAUGAGAGGGAAUAUGAUGAGAAUGAGGUGGACCCUUACCACGACAAUCAGGAAAAACUGCCUGAACCUGAGGCCUUGGACCUUCCAGAUGAUUUGAACCUCGAUAGUGAAGACAGAAAUGAGGAUGAGGAUACCGACAAUGAAGACGGUGAAGAAAAUCCAUUGGAGAUAAAAGAAGAACCAAUGGAUACAGAGGAAGCAGGUCAUGAGACUGAAAACAUAGAUGAAGAAGCCAACUGUGAACAGAAUGAAGGUCAGAGUCAGGACCAGCCUGAGGAAGGUCCCACUGAAGAUGACAAGGAGGAAGGGGAGGACAUGAUGGAUACAGGAGCUGAUGACCCAGAUAAAGACACUGCCGAGCGCCCUGAGGAGAGUUCAGAAGAGGAGCAGCAGUCUCCAGAGGAAAAGGACAAAGACACAAACGAGGAGGGUUCAGAGAAUGGUGUCCCUGCUGACAAAGGUCUUCAGCCUCAGGAAAAAGAAGAGGAGAACUCUGAUGCAGAGGAGCAGGUUCCUGAGGCUAAAGAGAGGAAAGAACAUGACUCAUGCGGGCAAACCGGGGAAGAGAACAUGCAGAAUGAGCAGGCUGUGGAGCUGGCUGGUGCUGCGCCCGAGAAAGAGCAGGGCAAAGAGGAACAUGGGAGUGGAGCUGCAGAUGCAAACCAAGCAGAAGGCCAUGAAUCCACUUUCAUUGCCCGGUUGGCUUCCCAGAAGCACACCAGGAAAAACACACAGAGUUUUAAGCGGAAACCUGGACAGGCUGACAAUGAGCGCUCCAUGGGGGAUCACAAUGAGCAUGUGCAUAAGAGGCUAAAGACAGUGGAUUCAGACAAUUGUGCUGAGCGGGAGGCAGCCCAGCCCCAGGCCCAGGUGGAGGAAGCAGAUGCCUUUGAGCACAUUCAACAAGGCAGCGACUCUUACGACACACAGACCUAUGAUGUGGCCAGCAAGGAGCAGCAGCAGUCUGCAAAAGCCCCCAGCAAAGAUCAAGAAGAUGAGGAGCUCGAGGAUGCCCUCAUGGACACAGCGGAAGAGGAGGAGCUCACAGCAGUAGACACAGAGCAGCUGAAGCCAGAGGAGGUCAAGUCAGGGACCACAGCAGGGUCAGGCUUUGAUGAGAUGGAGUUGGAGACCGAAAUCGUUAAAAAAGAAGAAAACCAAGACCCUAAGACAGACAGAUCCCUCAAGGACACAGAGAAAGAGAAACCUGAGAGGAGCAGAGACUCAACCAUUCAUACAGCCCACCAAUUGCUGAUGGAUCUGGUUCUCCAGCCCGUUUUAAAAGAUGCCAGUGAACUAAGACAGGAGUUGGAAAGACAGUUGGAGACAUGGCAGCUACAUGAAUCUGGAGACCCAGAAGAAGAGAAGGCUGCAGCUGAGAUGUGGCAGAGUUAUCUGGCCUUAACAGCACCUCUUUCACAACAGCUGUGUGAACAACUUCGUCUCAUUUUAGAACCUACCCAGGCAGCCAAGCUGAAAGGAGACUAUCGAACUGGGAAGCGACUAAACAUGCGAAAGGUCAUUCCAUACAUUGCCAGUCAAUUUCGAAAAGAUAAAAUUUGGCUUCGAAGGACCAAACCCAGUAAACGUCAGUAUCAGAUCUGUUUAGCCAUCGAUGACUCUGCCAGCAUGGUAGACAACCAUACCAAACAGCUUGCGUUUGAAUCUUUGGCUGUGAUUGGAAAUGCUCUAACUCUACUAGAAGUGGGUCAGAUUGCAGUAUGCAGUUUUGGAGAGUCUGUAAGGCUGUUGCAUCCGUUCCAUGAACAGUUCAGUGAUUACUCGGGGUCUCAGAUUCUAAGGCUCUGCAAAUUCCAGCAGAAGAAAACCAAGAUUGCUCAGUUUCUGGAAUCCUCAGCCAGCAUGUUUGCAGUUGCUCAGCACCUCUCACAGAAUACCAGUUCAGAAACUUCGCAGCUGCUCUUGGUGGUUUCUGAUGGACGUGGUCUUUUCCUUGAAGGCAAAGAGCGAGUCCUUGCAGCAGUUCAGGCUGCCCGAAAUGCUAACAUCUUUGUCAUUUUUGUUGUGUUGGACAAUCCCAAUUCACGAGAUUCUAUCUUGGAUAUUAAAGUACCGAUAUUUAAAGGACCUGGAGAGAUGCCUGAAAUCCGAUCCUACAUGGAGGAGUUCCCGUUCCCAUUCUAUAUAAUUCUUCGUGAUGUGAAUGCACUUCCUGAAACACUCAGUGAUGCCCUCAGGCAGUGGUUUGAGUUGGUCACAGCCUCAGACCACCUCAAUGCAGAAAUUAUAUUUCGCCAAGGAGAAAAUGUAAGCAUUUAUUACGCGUGCUCCCUCUCAACCCUCCAAACCUGCGCCCCGUUUCUUGCAAAACUACAAAGCCUACACAUGCCGAAGGAGUCAACGCCCCGCGGCUUAACUGCGCAUGCUCCGCAGGCCACCGCCCAGGAAGCCGCGCUCGUCCCGCCCCCCGGAUCUCACUUCCGCUCCUGCGCGGUACAGCUCCAGGGGACGGGGUAG